AUGCCUUUCUUUAACUUGCUGCGUGCUAAGCCCAUAGAGCAUGACGAAACUUACUUCGGAACUGCAGCAUCGCAAACCAUAGCCACCAAUUGGAGGACUUUCCAAGACCAACCAUUAACCUCCUCAACUAUCUUGGAUCUGUUCGCGAACAGGAUACCCGUGAUACGUCAUGAAGGGUUCCUCAAACCCGCUGAACUUGAGAAGAUGCUAGAGAUUGUCAAACUGCACCAGCUAGAAGAAUAUGACACCGAAUUCACGUGGCCUCGUGUUGGCAUUGCCGGGAUAACCCAAUAUGAUCAUAUCAGAGAUCCCUCAAGCUAUUUUUGUAAAGUCCCAGAAGCAGUGUCACUUCAGGAGCGGUGGAAAUGCGGAGCUGACAUUGACAUUAUUGAACGAGUCAUAGCAACACUACGCACUGUCUCAGGAAUUUCAGUACGAAGAGCUUCGGAUGAUGAAAAGGUCUAUUUCGCCGGAAUCCUACGGGCAAUGGAUCGCGGCAUCGGUGUUCACGCCGACUUUGCGCCCUACGAGGCAGCCGGAUGGUCGAUUGACCAAAUCGUUGGCCAACUGACAUGGAAUAUUCUACUCAACAAGGUCUCAGGCGGCGACACCAUCAUUUAUGACAGGCAGUGGCGCGCACCUGACGAUGAUGUCUCCUGGCGCAAGCCAUUCCCACGGGAUAGCUACCAACCCCAAAUGCUUGAGGGCCAUCCCUUCAAAGCAAUGCGGGCUGUCCCUGGUGACCUCACCCUAUUCAAUCCGCGCAAUUUCCACGAGGUUAAACCUUGUGACGUUGAUCGUGACCAUCCAGUUGCGGAUGUGAGAUUCACGGUCAGUUCCUUUGUCGGUUAUAUGCCCUCUCAUGGCGGUGGCCCUGCAACACUUGUCCUUUGGUCUUGA